AUGCAGUACGUGAGCCGUCCCAGGCUGGUGCGUAGCCGGCUCAUCCGUCCCGGGGAGCUGGAGGCGAGCGUGGUGCGGUGGCGGCGCUACGGCGCCUUCAUCAUGGCCGCCAUCGCGGGCUGGGACGACGCCGAGUGCCUCCUCGUCCACGAGCUGCUCCAGGGCAUCACCGGGGCGCACUCCUUCGCCUCCAAGGUGCUCUCUGCGAGGCCCGACCGGUUCCGGCGCGACGAGCUUGCCCUGCGUAGCUUUGUGCGGUCCCUGUUCCUGCGGGAGGCGUCCGAGGGCGAGGCCGUGGCCUGGCUCAGCCGGCUGCUCGCCCCCUGGCCCCUCGUGUUCAGGGCCAAGCUCCUGUACCUGGUGUACGGGCCCUGCUGCCAGCACGCCGUCUUCUGGGACGUUCCGUCGGUGCCGCAGUCGGCCGUCCAGUCCGAGCUGCUGGUCACCGCCCUCUCGGAUCUGGGUUCGGCCCUGCGCUCGCUGCACGAGCACGGCCUUGGCUGGACCCACGACGACACCGUCACAGUCCUCGAGGAACUCAUCGUGCUCCCCCGUGCCUGGUUGCCCCUGAACGCGGCCCGCCUGCUCUGUUCGUGCGGCCGGGACAUCGCGGUGCUGGUGCUCGCCUCCAAGCUGGUCAACGGCAGGGACUCGGACGUGGCCACCUUCCUCUUCAACAUGCUCCUGGUGGACUGCAGAAGCGCGACGAGCGUGCCCCUGGUGCUGAACGUGGUGCUCGACCUGCGCGGCCUGUUUCCGGGCCGGCGCCACCUCUCGCUCCUGCCGGAGAUCAGCGACAGCCUGCUCAGGAGCGCCGUCGACUUCCACAUCUUCGACGGCAUCAACGGCAACGAGGAGGUAUGCCACGCCCUCUUGUCCACGUUGGCGGUCCUUCUGAACGGGUUCUGCGAGCAAGCCGCCCCCGAAACGGCACCCGAAGAGUGA